AUGGUGAGUCUUGGUGAGGUUUCCAUGACAGCGUUCAGUGGGGUGAGCACAGUGAAGGAGGAGAUCCAGUCCCAGAGUGACGACAGGCAGGAGGGCAGACAGGUGAAAGAGGUGAGUAUGCAAGUUCUUGGUUGGAUCUCUGUCUUAGCCUUCGAGUUUCACUCUGUGGAGGUUCAGCCUGAUGAAGAAGUCACACUGCAGUGCUCCAACCUUAGCAGACUUUAUGUUCACUUAUCCUGGUUCAGAAGUACCAACAGACCCAACGCUAGCAGGAUCUCAUCUAUGGACAGCCCUGAUAAAAAUGCAUCUUUCAAUGAAGGGUUUCAAAAUGGCAAAUUCAACAUGACAUCCAACACCUCUGUGCUAUUUCUUCAGAUCAAACAAGUUGAUUCAUCUGACUCUGGGCUGUAUUUCUGUGGCGAACUCAAGAAUGAAAAGUUCAUAGUUUAUGGUGCAACAAAUUUAAAGGUUCAAGAAGGUAGAUCACAAAAUCCAUCCACUAUGAUCCUGGGUAGUUUAACUGUUUUCCUUCUACUGGUCAUCAUCGGUCUGGUUGUCAAGAUCAGGAAACUUCAAACAGCUGAAGAUGAUGGACAGAAUCCACAACGCAGUGAGAAUGUGGACUCUGAUGCUAUGAACUAUGCAGCACUAAGUUUCCCUCACAGAGCAAAAAUCAGAAGGCCUGUACCACAGAGAGAGCUGGAGCCAAAUGUUGUGUACGCUGCUACCAGAUAG